CAAGAACCUCGAAUUCAACAAACCUCGACUUUGAAAAACAAAAAAAAAGCCUUACCGGCAAGGCCUCGUCGAUUGGAACCCUCUGGCUUGAUCACCCGGAUCUCCGCACGACUUCGCCUCGCCACUCCAAAAUUCCGAACCUCUUGCUUCUUCUACCUCUCUAAACUCGCUUCAAUUUUUUCUUCUCGCUUGUGCAUCUAUGGCACCGUUUACCCAUUCGAAAGGGGUUGCUCCGUUUGCUCAGGGGCUCCCGCUUCAGGGCAAUAAAAAGGCACCUGCCGUUUCUGCUGAGUUGCCGUCUAUUCAAUCUAAAAAUAAUGCUGACCUUUUGGGGGACAUGGAAAGCCCCCUUACUAGCAUUGCGAGCCUCGUGCCUGACACCAGCGCGAGAAGCUCGGGCCCUGUCUCCAUAGACGAGAAGGGAUUAUCCUCUUGGCCUGUGAAGGAGGAGUCUGUCGCAUCCGAGGACUUCAACCUUCCUAGCCAGUAUGGCGGUCGCGUUACUGCGAAUGAGCCGAAUUCCACGGGUUUUCAAACCGCGUUGGACGUAGAUCUUCUGGAUCUCGAUGACAAUUCUGUCGUUCUCCACCCUAGCGAAGUUAUGGGAUGGGAGACUGUGGGGAAGAAGAAGGGUAGACGUACCCCUUCCCCGGACCCCGGUUUGAAAACCACCAGGUUUACUGCUAGCACGAAAAAUAGAUAUGAAAUUUUAUCUGAUUCAGAUGUUGAUGAAAAUAAGGUCGCUAUUGAGAAUACCGUUAAAUUUGUACAUGACGUACGCCAGAAGCAUUUUGAAAAGCAAUUUCUCAAUAUUCCGAGUCAAGUCCGAAGGGAACAAGAGGCUGCGGCAGAGGCAGCUCAACUCGAACCUCAGGCUGGAGCUAUGCAAGCUGAAAAUGUGUCGAACUCAGAGUCAGAUACCGAACAUGAGGCAGGAAAUGAAAUACCUGCUGAAAAGCCUUUUAUCAACAAAGGAAAGGUUCGUGAUUUUCGUGACACUGGAAUUCCAGGGAUUGACAAUGAGGAAUUGGAUCCUGAGAAUCAGCGCUGUGCUUGGGAGAACUUCGAUUUCUUGAAGGACGAGGAUCCUGAAGUGCAAAAGGCGAUCUAUGAAGAUCCAGAUUGGUGGUUCUUCCAAUGUGGAACCUGA